UCUUCAUAAUUUUUUUCUUAUUUAUAAACGAACAGUGUUUCACUCGAAGAAGUAUGACUUUGAUAAACACUAAAUAUGGAAGAGUGGAAAAACUUUUCUUUCGUACUUCUCUUUUGUUUUUGUUUUUAUUUUCAAAAUUUCGAACUUUGAUUUUAAUUCUAGAUUUGAUUAUUUCAUCUGAAGGUAUAAGCGUUUUUAUGUUUUUUGUUCUUUUAUUUGAAAAUAUAAUAUUUUUUUAAUAAAUGACUAUAAUGACAGUAUAACUCUAAAAAUUAUAUAAUAUGAUAUCAAACUAAAUAAUUAUGUUUUUGUAUAAAACCGAAUAUACCAAAAAUCGACGGUAUAUAAACCGAACCGAACCAAAGUAAAUAUAGAUUUAGAAUAGUAGUUAUAUUUUACUAACCGAAAUACCAAAAAACCGAAAAAAACUAAAAAAACCGAACCGAAACUGGACCGAUAUCCGGAUUGAACACCCCUAAUCAGCGUUCAUGAAUAUAGAGAUUAAAAAUAUGAACUGGGGUUAUAUAAUCCACAUGAAUCAUAAUUCACAUAUAAAAAUUUUUUAACACUUUUUAAUUAUUUUCGAAAUUCUUUUAUUUCAAAACCGGGAUCUGAUCUGCCAUAAUUCGUUAAAAUAAAAUAAAUAAUUUCCCCCACCAUUAUAUAUGUAACACUAGACCAUUCGGUGCAUUCCCAUUGAAAGAGCUUCACUUUUAAAUAUCAACCUCCUUCCACGAUGUCUCCCUCCAUCUCCCUUAUCCUCGCAACCGCUGUCUCCACCGCGAUCCUCUUCUUAUCCACAAUCUCCUCCGCCGCACCAACUUCCGGUGUCCGCCGUCCAUUCAACAGAAUCUACGCGUUCGGCGACUCAUUCACCGACACAGGAAACUCACGCUCCGGCGAAGGACCAGCCGGAUUCGGACACUUGUCAAGCUUUCCCUACGGCAUGACUUACUUCCUACGUCCAACAAACCGAUACUCCGACGGUCGACUCACCAUCGACUUCGUGGCACAGUCGAUGAACUUACCGUUCCUGCCACCGUAUCUCAGCCUCAGAUCCACUAACGGUAGUAAAGGCACAGCUGCUGAUAGUUACGGCGUUAACUUCGCCGUCUCUGGAGCAACGGUGAUUGAACACUCUUUCUUCUCGGAGAAUAAUCUGACACUGGAUAUGACUCCUCAAUCUAUCGAGACGGAGCUUGGCUGGUUCGAGAAGUAUUUAGAGACACUUGAAACUAGAGAUAAGGUUUCGUUGUUUAAUGAUUCUCUCUUUUGGAUCGGAGAAAUUGGAGUAAACGACUAUGCGUACACCGUUGGUUCUGCUGUCUCAAGCGACACAAUAAGAGAACUCAGUAUUUCAACACACACAAGGUUUUUGGAGACAUUGUUGAACAAAGGUGUAAGAUAUAUGUUGGUACAAGGACAUCCGGCAACUGGAUGCUUGACGUUAACGAUGACUCUGGCUGCGCAAGACGAUCGAGACAAUCUAGGAUGUGUUAAGAGUGUCAAUAAUCAGAGCUACACUCACAAUCUUGCACUGCAAUCCAAACUUGAAGAACUUAGGAUCAAGUAUCCGAACGCCACAAUAGUCUAUGCAGACUACUGGAACGCGUACCGUAAGGUAAUAAAGAACCCUAGUAAGUACGGUAUCUCCGAAAAGUUCAAGGCGUGCUGCGGAAUAGGAGAGCCGUAUAACUUUCAAGUGUUUGACACGUGUGGGUCAGCUUCAGCCACGGCGUGUAAGGAACCGAGUCGUUACAUUAACUGGGACGGAGUCCACUUGACCGAAGGCAUGUAUAAGGUUAUGGCCGAUAUGUUUCUUGAUGGCAGUUUCACUCGACCUAAGUUUAGUUACUUGUUGAACAAGAAACUAAACGGUUUAUGAUAGAAAGAUUUUACCGUUUUAUAUGUUUGGUUUUGGAGUUUUUGACAUUGUUUAGUGAAAUAUGAUCACACGAAUUUUUCUUAUUUUACCAGAAAAUGUGACC